AUGUCGGUCACUCUCUGCAGUCGGCUAGUUCUCUCAGAUGAGAUCAUUGUUGAAAUACUGGCGAGGCUACCCGUAAAAUCCUUAAUCCGAUUCCGGUGUGUAUCCAAGGCAUGGCGUGCUUUCAUCUCCGACCCUUAUUUCAUCAGGAAGCACUUGAGCCACAGCGACACCAAAAACAGCUUUAACUUGAACCUCCUUCUCUCAACCUAUCUCGCCACUUCCAUACACUACCUUGCUUUAUUGAAGAUUGAAGAAGACGGCACAGUUGCAAGCAGCGAGCUCCAGUAUCCGAUUCAGGUACCUAACGCAUUUACUUCACGUAUCUUGGAGAAACGUUUGGUUGGUUCUUACAAUGGUCUGAUAUGUUUGUCAUUUUACGGCGAUACCGUCGAUACGUUUAUGUUAUGGAACCCUUGUAUUGGAGAGUCCAAGUUAUUGCCAAAACCUACCGCUUUCGAUACGAGUUAUGGAGUGUUCUAUGGAUUUGGUUAUGUUCUGCUACUGAUGAUUGCAAGAUAG